CUCCUUCUCCUCGGCAACCUUGACGGCGGCGAUCUCGUUAGCGCGUAUCCAUCUCGUCCCGUUGCCUGCCACCGGGAACAAAGGGAAUGGAGAGGGUCAUCAACAGGCCGUCAGACUGUGGAUGGCCCUGCGGUCACGGUUGCGCUGGGUGUAACCGCGUCUCAUGUUCUCCAUUCGGCCGCAGCCUCGCGCGAUACGCGUCCAAUAGCGACAGUACGGGUAGCCUAGUCCGUUCUUCUCGUGUUUUCACAAACAAUGGCCCUUUCAUGACAAGCCCCAUUUGCGCGACCACCACGUAACCGUCGCGCCUGCGCAUUCAUUGGGCGCGGUAUUCGCGGGCAUGCCGCCCUUCCAAGCCUGAUCUCGCAAACUCGCUGACGGGCUUGGGGUGACCAAAUCAUCGACGACGGAUGCUGCCUGUGGCCAGCGGGCUG